CUCCGGGGCGUUUUGAGGGGAUCUCCGGGAGCCCGGGGGUGUUUUGGGGGCUCUCCGGGGAUGUUUUUGGAGAGUCUCCGGGAUCCUGGAGGUGUUCCGGGGGUAUCUUCGACGGGGUCGCUGUCACUGUCCCUGGACGCGGCCGCGCUGGAGGUGAUGGAGGCGCUGGAGCUGCUGCAGCAGCGCCGGGAGCAGCUGGAGGAGCAUUUGCGGCAGGGGUGGCUGUCUUUGGCUCAGGCCCGGUACUCCCUGGGGUGUCACCGCGUCUCGUCCCUGCAGUACGGGGCCACCAUGGUUCCCCGAGUCCGUGUGUGCCACAGGCAGGACCCAGAGGGACGCCCCCACUUUGAGGAGGUGCCUGGAACAGGGGGGGACCCCGAGGACCCCGACCCACAGCAGGGGGGGAAAGACGGGCUACGGCAGCGCCGGGGAGCUCCGGACAAAGKGGGGGCUCCCACUCGGGCCCCCCCAGACCCCCUGGGCUGGUUUGGGGUCUUGGUGCCCCCCAGUCUGCGGCAGGCCCAGGGCAGCUUCCAGAGGGGGGUGACGCUGGCAGUGGAGGUGGCCGAGCUCCAGGGCACCGUGGAGGCCGCAGUCACCCGGUACCGGCAACUUCUGCGGCAGAAACGGUGCCUGGCGGGGGACAGCGGGGACAGCGAGACCCCCACGGGGACACCUGGGGACACCGAGACCAGAGGGGACAGCCAGGGUGACACAGCGACCACAGGGGAGGCAGUGACUGCGUGACACGAACGCUGAGAACACUGAGGACACGUCUGCAGGUGACACAGCUGCCACCAGGGACACAGAGCCCUGUCUGGGGGUGACACCAAGUCCCCAAGGGCUGCAGGUGACACCGAGCACCUGAACGAGCGGACAGGUGACACCGAGGACGCUGCAGGUGACGCCRAGCCCCGCACGUGGGUGAGGGGGUCCCCCCAUGUCCCCACCCCCAAUAAAGCCACCGUGGUGCCCCCAA